UUUUUUUUUUUUUUUUUUUUACAACAAAUCCUUUAAUCAAUCCAUGACGAAAAAGAAUCCAAAGCGCUCGUUACAAAGAAAAGAGCAAUCAGAAAGAGACAAGGCCAAGCAUUUAUGCGACACUUCGGUGUAUGGACAAGUAGCGGCUUUUCAACAAUUGUUAGGACUUGUGCAGAGACAAGGCAUGCAUGGCCAGUAUAUCCCCAUCCCCUUUGAAUUAAUUGACUUGACGGCAUCGUUUAUUGCUAGCCUGAUUAGUGGUAGUGAUUUCAUCUUGGUCACACCACCGUUGGGAGAUAGUCUUCAAGCGUUUCGAGAAAACGUAAACUUUAUCAAAAAGACACUCUCCAAGGCCCAAAUAUCCUGCUCGUCCUUGAUCUGCAGUCUAUGGUACAUUGAUCAAUAUUUUCAGCACACCACCGAUAUCAUAAAACACGCUUGGAAUCCCCGCGACCUGUUUAUCGCUAGUAUCGUAGUCGCCGAUAAAUACCUUGCCGAUGUAACAUGGUUGAACCUGGACUGGUCAGAAUGGACCCAUUUUACUUACUCCACUGCACAAAUCAAUAAGCUCGAAAAGCGUUUCUUGAGCGACAUGAAUUUUAACCUCUAUAUAUCCAAUGUAAAUUACACCAAUUUUACCAGCUACCUAGAAUUCCGCCUUCAUACACGCCAACUCUUGCUCUGUGGGAACGUCUCCUACCGUGACAUGGAUGUGCUCAGCCAGGCACUGAACCCAGAAUACGUGGCUCGUUUAGGUCUUAACCUAAGACCGUUCCAGGCCAUGCUCUUAAUUCUAAAACAAGCACUCUCUAUCUUAGUCAUGUAUGCUGCUACCUUGGCUACCCUCGUUUCAGCAGGCUUUUAUAUCAUACAACAACAAUCCGAUGCAUUCAUUGUCUAUGAGAAUGAGUGUCUUUUCAUUUCGCCGGUUGCUCCUCCUGGUGGUGGUGGUGGUGGUGGUGUUGCCAUGGUAGCGGUUGCCGCUUAA